CGAAUCAGCGUGGGGAUAGGUGGUGCUUUCUGACGCCCCGUCCCCAUUUUAUGUGUGCAUGUGUGUUAUGUGUCUCAACGACAGAUUCUUUUUUCCUUUUUUUUUUUUUUUGGUAGCUUAUCUCGUUAUUUAUUCAUGCACGGAGCGUCAAAAUGACAGUCUGGGCUGGGUUCCUGGACUUUGGUCUCUUUUUCUUCUAUUAUUUCUUUCUUGGACGGUACCUACUUUACCUCCUGCGCUACUGUGUAGUGCUGUUCUGUUCUGUUCCCUUGAAUCUCUCCUUUGUCUGGCCAGGUUCGGGAACGGUUAUAACGGGAUGGACAAUGGAUACGGAUGGGACGAGACAGGAGUGAAAUUGGCGUUUUCAAAGAUGGGAACGGAAACACCACGCUUGGGUGAGCAUUGAUGACAGGGUUUUCCAUUGGCCUUGGAGCAUGUCGACAUGUCAUGUGAUGAACGCAUUAUGGGAACGACCGUAGGGCAUUGCAUUGCAUGGCAUCGCAUUGGCUUCUUGGGAUUAUUAUCAUUAUUAUUAUUGGGAUAAAAGAAGGUCAAAACAGGACCUGAGGGGCUUGCACGACAGCUCCUUCUGAGCGAAGACGAGCCUUGCUCUACAGGAUGGGAUACGUACCUUGUUCGCCUCGUUUACUGAAGGCUUGGAACGUAAUCUAAAAGUCUGUUCAAG